AUGACAAUCUUAACGACUAUAAUUGUAUCAUCACUGAUCAUCGCUACUGUAGUUGGUCCAUCGGCGCUCACUGUGUAUCACUGUCAAAAGAAUCGAAAAACACGAAAAGUAGAUAUCGGGGUACAAUGUGGUGAAGGUGAAGAUGUAUGUGAAUUCACAGUUGCUGCUUCUACGGCACCGACGAGUAGUAAAGAUCAACAAGGGUCGGAGACGUCGACUUUGAAUACGGUGUUAGAUACAGACUCUAUUGAAACUGUAAACACUUCUGUAACCCCUUCUGUAGUUCCUUUUCCAGCUGUUGAGUGGGAUAUUGAAGGUAGUUACGUUGCCUGGUGGGGGACUUCUGUACCACCAAGAGAAAGACCAUCUAAAUCUCUUUGGUGGCUGCAGAAUCCAGAUUACUUUUGGAAUUUAGGUCUUGGUGUAUAA